AUGGAAUGCAAAGACAAGUUCGUUCGCCAAUCGUCAUCAGCUGUUUUGACUGUCCCGGCUCCUCACUCGAAUUUGCGCGCGGCGUUCUUGGCUCUCGAGUUUCUUUUCGUCUGGUCCGCUUCUCGGGAGGUGUUGAUGGGAGAAAACGGGCAAGGCGAGCUCUACGCCUACCUCCCCCUCACCGCGCCCAACGCCGCCCGCCUGCUCGUCGUGCCCGGGUCCAGACAAAAUCCGGACUACGAGUUUUCGGUGGGACGGGGCGCAUUCGGCUUUGAAGGCGGGAGGUGGACGACGGUGGCGCAGCGGGUGAGGCUGAAUGAUAUUGGGCAGGAGAACGGGGGAGUGGAGGUGUACAUCGACGGCACGUCGGUGAUCUGCGUGAAGGGCUUGACCCUGCGCGACGACGCUGCCUCGCAUGUCAAGGGCUUGCACUUCCAGACGUUCUUCGGAGGCUCCAGCCCCGAGUGGGCGUCGCCCAAGGACCAGAGGGCGUGGUUCGCGGGGGCGUCUGGUGCUAUUCUGAAGUGAGGAAGCUGGAGGGUGGUGGCGUGCGUACUUUGCGGAUGACUGCGGUUCAUGUGCAUAACAAUGAAGCCAUCGCUUUAUCGAGGUAUACAAUCAUAGAAAACACGAUAACAGGACGGAGACAUCCGACAAGGAAAGGAUGACCGGUAUAGUGCGGUGCACAGCGCGCUGAAAUACAAUUAAAACAAGGUGUAUCGGACACCUAGGAAGAGCCCUCGUCAAC